CAUGACUUAACGAUGGCGGCAGGCACGAAAUGGAAGAAAAUUUUGUAUGAAGAUCAGGGAGUACCAGAUCACUAUGUAGAUGAGAGCUUUUUAGAUGAAUUGAAAAAAAAUUUGUACACUAGAACUUAUGAUUAUUGGGCAGUGGUAAAUGAAAGCGGUGUCAUUGUCCAGCAGCUGUGCAGUGUGUGUAUGUUUGUGCUUGUGUUCCUGUUUAUGGACAGCCAUGUCCUCCAGCCAGAGAUUCUAGUCUUCAUAUCGGCGUCACUCACUCUCUUAGGGUAUUUAACGAACACGUGGCUUAUCUGGCAGCGACGGGUGCAGACACAGAGAACUUUUCUUGAGGACAUGAAAACCGUGUUGAUAUUUGCUGGGUUCAGCUACUGUCUGUCUCCGGUUCUCCUGUCGCUAACGGAAACCAUCGCCACAGAUACCAUCUACGCCAUGACAGCAGUGAUGCUGAUUGCUAAUCUCCUCUGUCAUGAUUACGGUGCUGAUGCUCAGAUGGUUAGUGGAGUCUUGUCGCUGAAUGCUGGCUUAUUUGCGUCUGUCUGUCUGGCAUCCCGUUUACACACAACACUCCACGCGUUUGCCACUGUGACCUUUGCUGUUGAGAUAUUUGCCCUUUGGCCGGCUCUGAGAAGAAAUCUUAGGCAAUCCAUCCAGUCGAGCCACAUUGCCAUGACAACAGUUAUGACCUUGUUAACCCUGGCAACCAUGACGUGUAUAUCCAUUCCCGCCACAGUGCUAAUGUGUAUAGCCAUUGUCUUCAUAACGUUUGUCUGCCCGAUGUUGCUUAUCUCUUUACAGACUUAUAAAAACAAUAUCCAUGGACCAUGGGAUGAAGCGGUAAUACAGAAGUGAAUAUAUGUCUUUUCAGUGGAAAGAAAAUUCAUUGAGAAGAAAUACAAUGUGUGUGCCAUAGUUUGGUCAAAGUUAGUGCCUGCCAUAGUUUGGUCAAAGUUAGUGCGAACCAUAGUUUGGUCAAAGUUAGUGCGUGCAAUAGUUUGGUCAAAGUUAGUGCCUGCCAUAGUUUGGUCAAAGUUAGUGCGUGCCAUAGUUUGGUCAAAGUUAGUGCUGUUUUGUUUGCACAAUUACCAGAUUGUUUAUUUGAGUUUAUCAAGGUCUUCCUGCACCUAUUGGCUGCAUUAUGGCUUGACCCCGCCGUGACGCCAUCAUGACUAAAAUUGUGUGUUUUAAAUGCCAUAAGUGACAUGAGAUAGAAGUGAUAUUCAUACUCAAAUCAAGACAUUGGAAGAACAGAGUGAGAUACAAGAGAUCCCGGUGUGAUACCGUAACUAUUUGUGAAGAGACCUCUUGGAUCUUUAACGUGCUCGGUGUAAAGCACCGAUACAUGGGAUACAACAUUCCUGGGUUGAACCAGUACUGAGUACACUAUUUUUCAAGUACUACCCAUUGAAUGCCUAACGCUAGGCAAUGGAGCUACUGGUACCAUAUUUAAACAUCUUGCGGUUUGAUGCGGCCAGGGUUUGAACCCCCGACCUUCUGCACCUGAAGUGAACUCUCUAACACUGAGCACAUUUACCUACAUUUAUAUUUAUCGGCCUCCAUCUUGGAUUUCUCGUUUUUACAUGUAUCUUGGCCUCCAUCUUGGAUUUCUCGUUUUUACAUGUAUCUUGGCCGCCAUCUGGGAUUUCUCGUUUUUAAAUGUAUCUUGGCCUCCAUCUUGGAUUUCUCGUUUUUACAUGUAUCUUGGCCGCCAUCUGGGAUUUCUCGUAGUUAUUAUGGACGCCAUCUUUGAUGACUUGGAAAUGACCAUAAUGCGAAACGAUCAACCCCACAUAUAUCUGGCAUCUGAGAUGUUCAUGUAAAAGCACAGCAGAGGGCUGUGAGGACUGAACCCACAACGUCUUUGGUGAGAUAGACACCUAUACCCCUCUAACCCCUGCUUGGGAUCAAACUCACAGCGUCUUGGGUGAUAGGUGAACUCGUAUAUCACUAGACCAUUCUCACCCACUGAGACUAGACUAUAAGUCUUUUACCUCAUCAACUUUUGGAAAAAAUGCCUGCGUCUUAUCUAUGGUAUUAGGCUUCUGAUAUAUUUUUUUUAAAUUUAUAAUCCUUAAAAGAAAAUGUUUGCAGUAGCCUUAACAACUUGACAGAAUUUUUUUUAUUUUUAAAAAUAAGUCCUUGUUAUUGAAACAUAAUGUUAAAGAGACUUGACACUAGAUGUUACAAUUGAAAAAAAAAGUCAAAUAUUUACAUAAAAUUGAUAUUGUUGUGUACAACACAUUGAAUCUUACUUACUGAUGUAUUACAACACAUGUAUCUUUUGAAGUUUUUGCGUAUUUUUCCAAUUCGAAAAUUACUGGGUUUGUCUUCCAUGUCAGUCCCAGUUAAUUUAAAAAAUAGCGUUGUUUGUACUAUGUUUGUUUUGUGGAAAUAAUGUAUUUGCUGAUCAUGGGACCAUCUUGUGUCUAGCUCCUUUAAAGGGACUCAUUUACAGUGUCAGACUCGGGCCUAAAAAAAAAAUUGUUUGGUUAGGGUUACAUCCUUAAAAAAAAUAGGUAGGGUAGGUAGGCUUUUUAUUUUUUUUUAUUUUAUUUUUUUAUUAGGUUUUAUAUAAGAAAAUAAUUUUCAUCAUUGGAGAAUGGUGUUAAAGCUAUCUUCUGUAUAAGCAUUUAAGGUUUAAACUUAAUAUUAAAAAGCAAUUUAAAAAAAAACAAGAUUUUUUUUUUUUUUUUUUUUUUUUCAUUUUUCAUUUUUUUUUUCAAACUGACUAUAAAAACGGUAGGGUCGGCGCCUAUUCCAUAGGUAGGGUCGGGUUACCCGAACCAAAUGUAUUUUUUUUUAGGCCUCGGACUCAAUAUAUAUUAUCAUAUUUGUCUCAGAAUCAACUGAUUUUGGUAUCAAUGCCUUCAUACAUCAUAUAAAAUACUGGGUAACUUACAAUAGAACAGAUCUCAAUUGUUUGGAAAACUGCCGAAAAACUUUUUUCUUAAAGUGUUAGUAACGCUUUUAGCCAUAAAAUAUCAAUUUUCAAACAUAAAUAUGAAAAACUGCGGUGUGGUCUUUUGUGGUCUUUUGUCAGCAGACUUAUAUCAAUGGUUUCCACUUUUACUCAAGUUCCAAAAACAAUUAUUAAUAAAGUUGUCAAAAGGUCAUCUGUGAGAGUGCAGCUUUAAAAGCUGAUACAUGUACAUGAAUCUGAAAUACGUUCAGCAAAUGAUAAUAGCUAUUUUCCAAUUGAAAAAACAACAACAACAUACUGAAUCUUGAGCCUGGUUUUUGGUUUUUGACAUUAUUUAACCUUAUUUUCGAAAGUCCUUAAACAGCAAAUACAUAGAGGGUAUUAGUUUAUUUCUGUGUAAGAUCGUAUUUUAUUUCACGAGUGUUAUAGAAAAACAUUUGCCACGAGUGAAAAUGUAGUUUUUCUAUGAUCACGAAUGGAAUUAAAUACGAUCUUACACUGAAAUAAACAAAUUUUCUGUUUCUUUUAUGCUUAUUUUCGGAGUUUUAUUAGUUUUCUUUUAUUUAAUUCUGAAUUACCCCCUUUUUUGAAAAGGGUGGUUUUUACGCCGCUACCCGUGGGGCGCCCCUCAUGCAAAAUUAUAGCUGUCAACUUUUUCUAUUUUCGGUUUGCUGAGAAAUAGUUCUCUGCUAUUCAUUCUUAUAGCUUAUUAUUCGCUCGUUUUUUAGUGCAAAGCUUUUAUGAACAGUAAACAAUGAAGUGCGCAUAUGUUCCAAAAAAAUAAUGAAAACACUUUUAUUUUAAGUUGGGCAUGAAUACAUAACCAAAUUUCUACGCCGCUAUUUAAUGAAUGAAACUUUGGAAGUUCAAAUGUGUUAGCAAAACAAAUGCGGAUACUCAUUGGAUUUUAAACAUUCUUCUUAGUUUAAGACUGCAUGUGUUUACAUAGUAAAUUAAUAUUCAGUCAUCUUACUGACAGAGACCAGUCUGUUUCGCUUGAAAACAGGUUUGUUUUCCAGAUAAAGAGUGAAUGCCACGCUAGUUUGUUGACAAAUUUUAAGGUGUGGGUGGGGUAAAAAAUAUCGGAUUAUCUGUAAAUUGUUCUGUGAAUUUUCCAGGAAGCUCAUUUUACGUACUACAAACAGUUCAAAAUACAUUUGAACGAUGAUAUAAAAUUCUAUUUAUGUUCGAACAGUUGUUUUUGUCUGUAAUUUGUUUGGUAUGAAAGCAAAAGUUCGAACAUUCAGCUUCAAAGAUCAGGAAAAUGUUUGAAAAACGGGAUAACCGGUAAUAAACGGUAAGUUGUUAAUUUCCAAAUAUAUAUUUAUUUAAAUAAAUAAAAAAAAUCUUUAAUUUUCAAACAUUUUUUUGACAACAUUUACUUGUUCAAAGUCCAGUGUUCUUAUUUGAUCAAGGCAAGUAACUACAAAGGAAUUUAAAAGUAGUUUUGAAAGUUGAUAUUUUCACUCCUUAUUUUGCAGUGAAAAUAUCAAAUUUAUAUUUUCACUGUUGUUAUUUCACUGUUUAAACCCCAUAUUUCAUCGUAAAGCAUGAAAGAAACUCUGUUUAUUUGUACGGUUUGUAGAAAAAAUGUUCACUCAUUCUUGGAAUUUGCAAUUGUGUGUACUGUACAGCUGGUCUGUAUUAAAUAUUGUGAAUUGUAAAUACUUUUGGUUUCUAUCGAAUAUGUAUGUGAUUUUUUGUGCAAAUGUGCAUAUAUGUGUAAUAAAA